AUAUUUAAUUUAAAUGUAAAAAUGUUAGAAAAUUUAGUAAAGUUUUUAUAGAAGUAUAUUUUACUCCGGUUUACAUCGUGGGGAAAAAAAUCGAAAUAACCGUAAGAACAAAGCCGUAAAUCGAUAAUUAAACGGCCAUUCCGGACAAAACUUUGAAAGAUUUAACUGGAGGACAAAUUCCACUUGAAAAAAACAGGAAUUUCGGUAUGUAAAAAAUUGUAUUUCGCUAGUAAAACGUGUUAAAUGUUCAAGUGUUACGUAAACGUCGCUUACGAAAGGCGACGGCGAGUAAUUAGUGCGUAGGUAACCAAUUAGUAUCGAUCGGGAAAUCGAUAGCUGGUGGCAUUUUUGCGACGAUCCGGCAAGAGAGAAUGUCGUCCCCUUAAAAGAAACGACGAUGUACAGUAAACUAAACGAAAAUAACCAUCAAACAGACUGCAACAGACAUUUCUGUACGUGUUUACAAUGCAGUUUACAACCGACUUUUAUGGUGGCUCAGAUAUUUGGAAUCGUCAACCGCGUCAGAUGCCACUACAAGAACUCGUCCUACUUUCCCUUGUUGAAAUUCCAUUUGUUUUACAGAAAUUUCGUAAGAGUUAUCAUUUUGUCUCCCGUUUGUUCGUACGUUUUCAAAUUUUUCACCUCGAAAAAUUUCUGCUACGAGGAGAAAUACACGGGAAAGAUAUUCGUAGUCAGAUCGACGGCCAUUCUCAGUUGCUGCUUCGUGUGCAUUAUUCACAACAUUCUGACCACUUCUAGAGUCGAGAAGAUUCUCCAGAAGCUCUCUAAGGCACUGGAGAAUAGUCCAAAGAAUCAUUUAAUCGUAGACCAUUUCUGGAAGGUGAUCGAUAAUCAGUUCUCCACCAUCAAAGGGAUGACAGCGGUAAUGAGCCUCCUUCUACCCGCCACCACGGGUGUCUUCGUGGUGAAAGAAUAUUCGACGUCGUCUACGUCGAUGGAAGACGUCUUCUGCUCCGUGUACUUUAACGUAUUGUUCAUUUAUUACGUUAAUAUAUUCGUCAUCGCCCUCCUCGCCACCUUCGUUGUAUACAGAAGAAUCAUGUGGAAGCUCUCGAAAUUCAGGCAACUAAUACAAGAUUGGGCUCGCAACGGUCGCUCUGUAACAGACAUGAAUCUCAACCAAACUUACUUGGGAAUCUCCGCUAUCUUGAAGGCCACCGAAAAAUUUGCCAGUUUGAUCAUAUUUUUAAUCAUGAGUACCGUCAUCGCCAUCCAAGUCAUCGUCAUUUAUACUUUGUUCAGUAGUUUCAAACACAACCCUCAACUCAAUUUGGUUCUCAAGACUUUCCUAAGUUCUGCUCUCGUCUUCAUAUUCCUGGUCAUGUUUUCUUGGUCUAAAGUCACUACCGAGGUAAGGAAAUCUUAUAGUCAGAUAUAUCUGUUGUACUACAAAGCCGUGGAUCUGAAAGAGGAAAUGAUGGUAUUUAGUGUUUUGCAACAGAUGGGAAGAACAAAAUUUGGCAUAUCGUUCUUUGGCUUAUUCGUUCUAUCCAAAGGGACGGUACUCAAAGUUCUGGGCGCCACCACCACGCAGCUGUUGGUCAUCAUGCAGUUGGUCGAAUGAACCGGGCGGCAGAAAAGAGAAAGGAAGGCCCGAGGAAAAUACAUACGAUUCUGUUUAUCUCUACAUUCGAUUUACCGGACGUCUACCGAAAAUUGUAAGAAAGUGGUCGGGAUGCCGGUUGGAGAUUUGGGGACCUAUUCUGAGUAGUAUCGUUAAGCUAACGAAUACAAUAAAAACCAGUUUUUAUCGGAACCACGUGAUUCGCGUUUAAUCAACCGUGAAAAUGCUAUUCCGAGCCGUACGUUUCGUUUUCGAGCCACGUGCAAUAACUAAGCUUUUGUUAUCGGUCAUUCUCAACCUGCCGUUAGGAAUGUAACGAAAGUGAAAACAGCGUGGCAUCCUUUGAUGUAAGAAUGAUUUUACUUCACGAGCAAUUGGAGAGAGAGUUAAUAAACUAUGUUUUUGUAUUGCUUAAAAAUAAUUACCUUAACUAUUUAGGAAUAUUGUAUGAAUAAUGUAAUUGCUUUAUUGUUAAAAUUUAAAGUAAGUAGCUAUAUCAUGAACAUUAUUUCUGAAAUAGGUUUCAUUCGCAUAUGUAUAAAUUAAAAUGAUAGUCAUAUAUUUAUAUUCUAAGCUCUCAGUUACUUUUCGCCAUCUUUCUGGGUCUUUUUGUGAACGGACUCCAUCGGCUAUUUCUUGCUACAAUUUCUGGCGAUCUUUUACGGUAAAGAAAGCGUCUAACUUCCCUAACAUUAGAGUUGUCUUCUAUAAAAUUAACGAGCAUCUCGAAUUGGCGACUUGUAGUUCGCUGGCUUCGUUGGCCUUUCUUCGACAUUUUAAAACAAAACUAUUUCAUUAGCGCUGGUACGCGACAAUGCUAAAACCACGUGCUUCGCUUAGAAAAUAGCGGGUUGCAGUCACGUGACAAAAAUACAAUGCUAACUAAACUGUGAUUGGUUAAAGCCUAACAGCUAUCGAUAGCGUGGAACCCAGACGCAUCUCGACCGACUACCCGUAGCCAAACCCACUUAACGUGAAGCACAGAAUAGCGAUUUGUCUAAGGUUCGUUAACUGCCUUUCGCUAAGAGGACUUAUCGAAUGUUCCGUGUGUCGCUCUCGUUGAGUUAUCGGAAGAGUUCAGAAUAGGUCCCCGGGUCCACCAACUUUUAAUCCAUCCGAAAUUUAACUGAUGGGUAGGAUUUAUUUUCUAACGGGGGCGGAAAGAGGUCGGCGGGAGGU